AUGGCUAUGCUGUAUGGCAACGACCCAGGUUACCACUACCCCAUUAAUGCUUCCCUUGUUCAUGCUGGGGGUUGUUGGGAAUCCGAAGGAGGGAGGGGAAGGGGGGAUGUUGAGCUGGGUGUUGACAGAGAAGAGAGUUCACGAGGGGGCGUUAGUAGAGGAUUAGAACCAGAGUAUAGGACAAGAAUUCUGGGACUUCCUUGCGUCCUUCUUCCGGGCUGGGGGGUCUAUUCUUGGAUCGAGGAUUCUGUUCGGGGUGAUGACGUUGAAUGGAGGAAGGGGUGGAGGGGGGAAUACGUAGCAUACCUCCGGAUCUCGAUUAUUGCUUGUUCGAUUGCCUGUUCCGUACUCACAAUACACCUCCGUCGCCAUCCCUCCAAUGGAACCUCCCGUCCAGACACGUACACAAUAUGUCUCCCAGCGUUAGCAAGGCGCAGUGCAGGAGGCGCAGGGAAGCAAGGGGGAGAUCCUGGGACGUGUAGAAAAGCGUUCAUAGUUCACAAGGAGUUAAGUAAGAAGAGAUUCCGUAGAGUGGGUAUUAUCGGAUACGCGUUAACGUGUUAUGACGAUAACGACGUAGCGGACACGACAAGGCGCGAAACGACUCGCCCGGAGCGGUGCUGGAAACCCGCUCCUCUUCAGAUGAGUGUCAUUUGGAUUCUGUUAGAGGAUGCGACCUGA